GAACCUUGGCAGAGUUAUCGCUUAUAAAAAGGCGCCAUUACUAUUUCUUUCUAUGUCCUCUCUCACCCCGACUUAGAAAGAAAAUCCGUGAAGAGCCGUGCUUUUUUAAUGGGUGAUUUGAGUGCAGUGAUGCCUAACAUACGAAACCAUCUUUGGCCAGACGGUGGAUGGACGCUGUUUCUCCACUUCCGCAAGUUCACGGAUUUGUAGGUUACGUUGUGUCCCUAUUACACCGUGUACUUUCCUUUCACGUUUUUGUCUCCCCGAUCGCUCCACCCUUGGAAGAAUAAAUCAGUCAAUUAUACAACACACUAUCCAAUACUACCGCCUUAUCCACAUGCAUUGGAGUCUUGGGCCCCGGCGUACCGGCUCCAGCCAUGUCGGCAAGGAAUGCAGCGGCUGGCGGCGGUGACAGAACGACAGGGGAACAGACAGGGGAUGUGUUGGUGGAGGAAAACCAAAGCCAUUCUGUCUCUCUGCCCAGCUUGAUGACCCCCACCUCAGCCGCUGGCAUGACCUCAGGAAUGGAACUGCCCCGGAAACGCAAGGGAAGCAUGGACAUGGAAAUCAAAUCAGCCUCCAAUCUGGUUGCAGAUAUGAAAGAUGAAGAAGACCGAUCUGAAGGGGAGGACUCUCAGGCUAAAAUCAAAUGCUUCAGGGAGCCUCACAGCCAGAUCGAGAAGCGGCGCCGGGACAAGAUGAACAAUCUGAUCGACGAGCUGUCAGCCAUGAUUCCCACCUGUAACCCCAUGUCCCGCAAGUUGGACAAACUCACCGUGCUCAGGAUGGCUGUGCAGCACCUCAAAUCCCUCAAAGGUUCCACCUGUUCCUUUGCUGAAGCCAAUUAUAAGCCUUCAUUCCUCCCUGAUGACGAGCUCAAACACCUCAUUCUCAAGGCUGCAGACGGGUUCCUGUUCGUAGUGGGUUGUGAUCGCGGAAAAAUAGUCUUUGUCUCAGAGUCCAUCAACAAGACACUGAAUUACAGCCAGGGAUCUUCAUGCACCAUUGACCUCCGUGAGAGAAAGAAGACGGAACUGAUUGGACAGAGUCUCUUUGACUACAUUCACCCAAAGGACAUGGAGAAAGUAAAGGAGCAGCUCUCAGCUUCUGAGUUAUAUCCCCGUGAGAGACUAAUAGAUGCCAAAACGGGCCUGCAGGUCCAGGCUGACCUCCCGGUCGGAGCAGCUCGGCUGUGUCCGGGCGCGCGACGCUCCUUCUUCUGCCGCAUGAAGUACCACAAGAUCUCAGUCAAACAGGAGGACAAGGAAUUCCAGUCCAGCACAUCGAAAAAGAAAGAGUCUGAGAAGUACUGCACUGUCCACUGCACAGGCUACAUUCGCAGCUGGCCCACCAGUCAGCUGGGGGAGGAGGGGGGUGAGGGGGAGACUGACAAGGACAGCUCCCACUUCAGCUGCCUGGUGGCCGUGGGCCGUGUCCACCUCCACGCCGCCUCUCUUGUCAACGGGGCCAACGAGGUCCUGGUCAAAGCAACGGAGUUCGUCACGCGCUACGCCAUGGAUGGCAAGUUCACCUUCGUCGACCAACGAGCCACCACUGUCCUAGGAUACUUACCCCAGGAGCUGCUUGGAACGUCAUGCUACGAAUACUUCCAUCAAGAUGACUUGCCACAUUUAGCAGAACGACAUCGGAAAGUGCUGCGGAGUAAAGAGAAAAUAGAGACACAUUGCUACAAAUUCAAAACGAAACAUGGCUCUUUUGUCACACUACAAAGUCGGAUGUUUAGUUUCAUAAAUCCCUGGACCAAAGAAGUAGAAUACAUAGUGUCAACCAAUACUGUCAUGUCCAGUGACCACAGUCCAACAGACAGAUCUGGGGACAAAGCAGAACCGUCAAGUAAUUCCAAGGCUUCAGAAGACGAUGGCAAUAAGUCUCUUCCCAUCAUCCCGGGGAUCUCCAGUGCUUCCAGUACCAUGAUCUAUGCAGGGAGCAUCGGGACCCAGAUUGCUAAUGAGCUGCUGGACUACAACAGGAUGAACUCGUCCCCAUCCAGCGGUAAUGUCAGCCCCUUCACUGUGUUGAAGGACAAGUCUCCUCGGCAACUUACACUGUCCAGCAGCAGCGUGCCAAAUGGAGAGGUGGCAGACCUAGAGAUGCCAGGGAAGUCCAGUUCAGAGGAAGGAGAACAACAAGAACUCAAAAGACCACAAUUCCCUGCAGGAGAAUCACUCAUGGUGGAAACUUCCCAGCUGGAUAUGGAGAAUAUGAUGGACCCUGGCCUGGGAGGCCUUAGUAAUGACGAGGCGGCCAUGGCAGUGAUUAUGAGCCUGCUGGAGACGGACGCCGAUCUGGGCGAGGCCGUGGUCAUGGAUGAGAUCAACUGGUCCCUCUGAACUGGUCCCUCUUUGUCUCAUCACUACUGAAACUCUCCACGUCUCACUAAAAUUGACUGCACUGAUCUCUCUGAAACUUGCCACAGCUCACUGAAAUUCUAAGCCUCUCUGAAAUCCCCCCCCCGGCUCUCUGAAACACACUACAGCUCUCAAUAACUCGACCCAAACACAGCAUUUCCCUCAGUACAGUUUUCUCUAUCACCAGGUAUCGUCUCCCUUUUUAAAACAUAUUUUAUUUAUUUAUUAGUUGUUUUAGUUUUUUCCACAUAAGCUGUGUAAUCUUCAGGUGGAUGUUUACAUUUUUUUUUUUUAAGACAAUGGGAUCGAUUGGCGAUAAGGGACAACAGCUCUCCACCACUUUCAGUGGGAGGAAGAGAAGAGUCUGAGGCUGUGCCUACAAAGCCUUUCAGGUGGCCAUUUUGACUAUUCUUGGCGGCUAAUUGUCCGUAUCUGCUGAUACGUAAAAUACCUAUCCAGGGGUAGUAAGAUCUGGCAUGCAUCAGCUAUGCCUGGGCAGAGGAACACACCCACAGUCUCUCCCCAUCUCUGGAGUGGCCUUAGGAGCCGUGGUCUAUUUGAGCAGCAGCCUUUUUGUGCCCCCACGUGUCACAUCCUAUAAGACUAUGGCUGAAUCCCAAAUCACUCCCAUCACCCCUUGACCCUCCAGUUAAGCUUUCACGCUUGCCUCCGCCAUAUGCACAAGUGUCCCAAAGUAGAGGGAGUGAAAAUUGUCAUAGGUGUGGGGGCUAAUUAGACAGCCAAGCAAACAAGGCUGCAGGCUUUAGAGCGAAGUGCUAUCCCGACACGCUCCGCAAUAUGUUUUGAGUUUGCGCAAAUAUUUUUAUUUGAAUAUACAAGUAUUUGAAUAUUGGAAUGCAUUUGGCAAUACACUUGGAAGGUAUUGGCAUGUAUUUGAAAAUAACCAGUAUUUAUACAAAUAUUUAAAUACUCCCAUGCUUUUGAACCCAGGUCUGUUUGGUCCUAGGUUUAUUUUAAAUAAUAUAUUUGGAAGUAACUAUUUGAAAAUACUUGUGCUUAAAUAGUAGGCUAUUUUAUAGGAAAUCAUUUGAAAAUACUUCUAAUAGAAGUAGUUGAUUCGGCACCACAUUAUUUUAAAAUACUUAAAUACACAGGUCUGGUUGACAUUUACAUUGAGAGUCACUGAUAGUCUGCUAUCAAUGUGCCACUUAGAGAUUUUCCCACCAUCAGAGUAACUGGGCGUGUCACGGCCUAACCACCAACUCUCUGGCACACAGCAUUUGGACCGACGUGUGAAGACCUGGUAUGGAUAAAUGCCACAUUCACCCACCAUCUUGGCAGAUUCUUAAAAACAGAAAUGGAGGUUUAAGGGAAUAGACUUAAAUUAUAUUAUUAAAAUAGAGAUGUAUCAAAUACCUUAUAUCAAAAUGUACAGUUUAUAAAUGAUCUCUGAAUCAGGGAUCACUCAGGGAGCAACAGAACAGAAACCACCCCUCAUUCCUCCAUUUCAUGUUUAUUAAAUCUUUUACACUUUUUUUUAUCACUUGUAGCAAUAUUUUUUUUCUCAGGCUAUAUAUCACACUAUAGUACGUGGGAGUACAGACGUUGGUAUUGUUGUAAAGUGAUUUGUUAUCUUUUUACAACGUUUUUCGGCUUUAUGCUUUGACUUAAUUUCAUGUGUCGUAAUGCACUGAUAGACAACAGUCUUAUAUGGCUCGUUCAGGAGGUGCUACUUCAGAGGUAAACCGAGUAGUUUGUGGUGUGUGGAUUCUUUAAGGGACUAUGCAGAGCGAACAUUCCAGAACAUCUAUAUACAUCUGUCUCUCGCUUAUUAUUCAAACCAGGGGUUGUAACCAUAAUUAUUUUUGUUACAUUCCACUGUUCCGCCCAGCAAAAUAAAGUUCUGAAGCGGUUCAAAACCCCUAAAAAAUAAUGGUUUAUAUCAUUCCUUUCUCUUCCUUUUUAAACCUCUUUAGCUCAACAUUAAAUGACUUCACCAAUCAGUGUGGAUAGAGCAGCUUGCUAUGGAGUGGGCAAGCUGUAAUCGAUGUUUACAUGCAUUGGACAGACAUGUGUAGGGCACAAGAUGUGACUGAAAUUUUGCAGGUGGGGAGGGAGCGAGCAAUAGAGGGUGGAGGAGGCUUGGCUUGAAGCGCUGGGCAUUUUGUUAUUACAUGCAUUAUCUGAAUUAGGAUCACAGCAUUAUACUUGCGGAGGAGCAGAUUCAAUGAAGGAACUUUGAACGUCUUUGAACUUCCAAGAGUUGGCUUAACUUUGGACCAGAAGCUUUGUGUGUGUGCAGAGCGUCACCAGAAUUUAAAUAAAAACACAUUUGACCUUUUUGUAGUUAAUAAAGCCAACUUGAAACAUGAUAAGUAUAAUAUCCUUAACUAGUAUUGUGUACGUUUAUCCAUUCUUCUCAAAUAAAAAAUCUAUCUCUCUAAUUUCGGAAUAAUCACACUUGCAAUGUCAGCAGGCCACCACACCCUACAUACUCAAUAGAGUACAUGCCAUAUACACACUCCAAUACGUCCCCCACUACCUGUCUGUGUCUAUGUUUUGGAGGAUGAGAGAUGGGUAGCCUACACACACUGGCAAACAUUUCCAGCUGGCAGGCAGACACUGGAAUAAGUUUCUGAGUGACAGAGUGAGGGCAUAGCAUAGGCACUUUUUUUGGGGGGGGGUACUGGGGGAAAAAAUGCCCUGAAUGUAAAAUAACAAAUUAACCAGUAUUUUUUUGUGAUCAAAUUUGUUUUUCUAUUGUUAAGACAGGUACACAUGGACAAAGAAACAAGUAACAAGACAAAAAUAGCCAACUACUUUAUUUGUAGUUGCCCAUUUUACCAUUGCCCCACCAAACUAUAAGGAGCCGAAUCUGGAUAAGCAUGCUUUUUAAAUGUGGUGGCUCGAGGUCAUGUCAGUAAGCCCAUCAUCUGCCAUCCAUGGUCACACUGAUUGGUCUAUGGUCACCAUGCUUUGAAUGAAUAAUGGUUUUGUGGCAGCCUUAUGUGAGGUCAGACUAAAUAACUAAAGUCAUAAAAUAUCUUUAAAAUGAUGCUGUUUAAACUCCAAUGCCUGUGCAUACUGCUGUUUUAGCCCAUCCCGCCACGGUCGUUACUUUUUAAAGUUUGUUCACAUUUUGUGCCAGUAAUGAUUUUGAUUCGGUUCUGUGGGUGGGAUGGAUGGAGGUGUAUUGUGAGUUCUGAAGAACACUGUCUCUGGAGCUCCACGUUUGCUUCAAUACUGAGGGAGGCACCAAUCCACUAGGACCCCCACUACCUGUCUGUGUCUGAAGUGCCUCGUGCCAUUUCUUAAUGGAUACCUGAGAAGUAUAUUACAAAACAUCAGUCCCACCUUACCUCUCAACACAUUAAAUGGUAUGGCAUUUCCCCUCUCAACUGUUUAUUGGAUCAUGGGAUUUUUGUGUGUUUUUUUUAAUGCAUUUUUUGUUUUCGCCUUAUAAGACAAACUAGGGUAUGAGACACCGGUAUGUGUGUAGGCGUGUGAAUGAGUAACCAUAAACCAUUAUCUGUGGACUGAUGAGGCUUCAGAAACUGUUUCCCAGACUAGUGCUGUUUCCCAAUGGAUGCCCUAGAAUCUAGAUAUACCACAAACCAAUGUUUUAUUGUGCUUGUGGCACAGGGAUCACAGUUGGCCACAGUUAGCCUUGCCUUUUAGCCUAUCCACACACAAGCAAGGCCCUUCUUUACCUGUGGGCUCAGAGAAGAGCUGUUUGUUAGCAGGGGAGGCUAGUCAGUGACUCAUUCACAGCUUCAAAUCACCUGUCUGUUUUUUUAAAUAUACUGUAUUUGUUACUAACUGUUAGUGUAUCUGUUUCAUUUGUUUUAAUAGUGGGCUUAAGAAACACUUAAAGAUUCAUGGCAUUAUUGCUGCUUCAACAGGUCUGGUUUAUGGCAGAGAAGCUGUCUUAAGCUGUCUUGUGAAAAAAGGUUAUUCUUAAUAAACAUUAGUUUCCUUUUA